UUUUUAUCUCUAUUUAAUAGUUGUCAUACAAUACACUCGUAGCAUUUUGUUGCAUAUAUUAUAACAUUUUUUUCAGAUUCUUUUGUUAAAUUUUGACGUCUAAACUAGAUACGUCUCUUCCCAACAAGAUGACGGCCCUGACACCCCCUCCGACCCCUGCGAGCCCCAUUACAAUUGCUAUUGCUGGUUGUGGAAAUAGAGGAUAUGGCUACGCAACCUUUGCAAAACAUUUUCCCCAAUGGCUUAAAGUGGUUGCAGUGGCGGAUCACCACGAUUUUAGGUGUCAACAACUUGCCAAGGAACACGAUAUUCCACCGAAAAAUAUUUUCAAAGAUUGGACAGAGAUGGCAUCAGUCCCGAAAUUGUCUGAUGCCGUAGCGAUUUGCACCACGGAUCGCGAGCACACGGACCCUGCCAUUGCAUUUGCAAAUCUGAAAUACAACAUUCUUCUGGAAAAGCCCAUGUCUAUCAACAUUGAAGAAUGUGUGAAAAUUCACCAAGCUGUUGUUGCAAACAACGUGAUUUUGGCUGUUUGUCACGUUCUGCGAUACACAAACUAUACAAAAGCCAUACGACGAAUUUUGGAUUCUAAUGUCUUGGGCGAUAUCGUGAACAUCCAGCAUUUGGAACCCGUCGGAUUUUGGCAUUUCGCUCAUUCUUUUGUCCGAGGUAACUGGCACAACGAGGAAGCUUCCACCUUCUCGCUCCUGUCAAAAAGUUGCCAUGAUAUUGAUCUGGUGACAUAUAUGAUGGGCUCAAAGUGCAAAAAAGUCUCAUCUUUCGGUAGCUUGAGCCAUUUCACCAAGAAAAACAAACCAAAGGAAGCUGGAAAUUCAGUGAAUUGUCUUGACUGUUCAUAUGAAAAGUCUUGCCCGUAUUCCGCAAAGAAAAUUUACAUCGAUAACUACGUCAAUAAAUCUUGGACUGGCUGGCCAAUCAAUGUAGUUCAGCCAAAGGAUCCUAUUGACUUGGAAAAUUUGACGGAUGCUCUUCGGAAAAAAGAUUACGGUCGGUGCGUAUACGAAAUGGACAAUGAUGUCGUAGAUCAUCAAGUAGUGAAUAUGCACUUUGAAAAUGGAUCAACGUCAUCAUUCACGAUGGUUGCUUUUACGGAAUCAAUGUGUGAUAGAAAAACAAGAAUUUUUGGAACGUUGGGGGAGCUGGAAGGUGACGGGGCAGACACGAUCAAAGUGUUUGACUUUUUGACACAAACUACAAAAGUAGUGCAUCCGAGUACGGACUCUGAUAAUCUUCCCAUGAGUGGUCAUGGGGGAGGAGAUUUCAGCUUGAUGCAGGCCUUUGUUUAUGCGUGUGUCACUGGAAAUCAAAAUUAUGUUAUUUCAGGACCUCAAGAAACUUUGGAUACACACAUUUACUGCUUUGCUGCUGAACAUGCACGUAAAACUGGAACUGUUGUCGACAUUGAUGAAUUCAAAAAGUCUCUGUACAAAUAAUUUUGACCGCAAAUUGAAUAAAUUGUGUUAAUGGAACAGCUUUAAGUUGCCAUUAUUGAA